CACUUUCGCGCGACUCUCUAUCACUCGCGCUCAAGAAGAAUCCCAAUCACUGUACGCGCCUCCAAUGGAAACUUGGAAUUCCAGCGAUCCUAGAGGCACGAGGUCGAAGAAGACGACGACGAGCAGCGAUGGCGGAAGUAGCAGCAGCGGACUCGAGGCCCUCCCCGUCUCUCUCCUCGUCCACGACAUCCUUCUCAAGCUGGAUUUGGAGUCCCUCUCCUCCUCCGCGUGCGUCUCCAGAACCCUACGCUCCUCCGUCGCUCACGCCCUCUCCGCUCUCUCCUCUCUCCAGCUCGGGGGCUUUUCGCCGGAUGUUCGAACUCUCGAUCGCGUUCUCUCCGCGUGCAGAGGCAUCACGAGCCUGGCGGUCAACUGCCUCCGAGUGAAUUAUUGCGCACUGGAAGGCUUCCUCGGCCCGCAUAUUCGCGAGCUGAACUUGUUUUGCUGCACCGCGAUGUCGCUGAGUGCUCUUGGCUCGAUUGGCCGGAAAUGCCCCAAUUUGAGGGUGCUGAUGUUGGAGUGGGCAGAGUGUGGCCCAUUUGACGAAUUCAUUGGGAAUUUUCAUCAAAUGUUAAGCUGUUGUGUACACUUGGAGUCUCUUUGUCUAAAGAUUAAAGGCGUGGAAGGCCCUGAGUGUGUUUUUUCCUCAGUUGGAGGAAUCUGGCCCAGGAGUAUCAAGGUUCUGAAGCUGCAGCCAGCUCUUGAAGAUGAUAUGAUCAGUCUGGUGAAGGAAAUUGCAGGAAAUGAUAACUGGCCUGAGGUCAUUAAGUUUCCCUCACUGCCAUCUACUUGCUCACUUCAAAGCUUGUCGCUUCAUGUGAGUACCAUAUCAGACAAGCUUGUCACCACCAUUGCUGAGUCCAUGCCUUGUUUGAUGGAGUUGGAGCUCGAAGAUAGGCCAUGGAAAGACCCACUACCGCAUGGUGAUUUGACCAAUGCUGGGAUUCAGUCUUUGGGCUCUUGCGAACAAUUGAAAAGCCUUUCUCUUUCACGAAAUAGACAAAAUUGCCAGACAUCUUUUAAAAGAGUCAAUGACAUGGGCAUUUUCCUACUCUCUGAGGGCUGCAAGGGUUUAGAAUCUGUACAUCUCUCUGGCUUUUCAAAGGUCAGUGAUGCUGGUUUCACAUCAUUUCUUCAUUCUUGCAAGAACCUGAAGAAGUUUGAGGUGCGCAACUCCCAGUCUUUGUCUGAUUUGGCUUUCCAUGAUCUGACUGAGGCCCCAUGUUCUUUGACCGAACUGAGGAUUCUAUCAUGCAAUCUGAUAACCAGCGAGACAGUGAAGAAGUUGGCAUUCUCCGGUAACUUGGAGGUUCUUGAUCUCUCGGGUUGCCGGAGCAUAGCAGAUUCGAGCUUUUAUUCCAUAUCAUCUCUAAAAAUGCUGAACACUUUGGAUCUAGUGGGAGCAGAUAUAACAGAUAGUGGUAUGUCGAUUCUCGGUUAUGGGAGUGCGCCUAUUCAGCGUUUGUCCCUUAGAGGCUGUAGGAGGGUAACAGAUAAAGGGAUUUCUCAAUUGCUGCCAAGUGGAGGGAUCAUUAGCAAAACAUUAUCCAGUUUAGAUCUGGGUUACAUGCCAUAUGUAUCGGACAAAGCCAUACGUGCUAUUGCCUUGGCCGGCGUAGCUAUCACGGAACUGUGCGUCAGGUCUUGUUUCCUUGUGACUGAUGUCUCGAUGGAAGCUUUGGCGAGGAAGGGAAGUCUCGAAGAUGGAAGUCGACCGAUUAGGAGGCUUGAUCUUUUUGGCUGCAUCGGGUUGUCUGUUGAGUCGCUCCAGAUGCUGAAAAAGCCUUUGUUUCGUGGGCUGCGUUGGGUCGGUGUUGGCCGCACUUGCUUUGCUGAUAAAGGAGGGAGUGUCUUGUCUGAAAUUUACGAGGAACGCCCGUGGUUGACCGUCUGUACAGGCGGUUGCGAAAUGGGAUGCCGAGAUGGGUGGGAGUAUCAUGGAACAUCUUAGAGUGAAGUUUGGUAUGUUUUGUUGGAAGUCUCUUGGUUUCCAUAUUUGUCCAUAGGAUCAUUAUGAAGCUACCUACCAACUUAUAUUCCAAUUUACCAAUGUGUAUUUCCUCAUCAUGUUACCAACUUGCAUUUGGAUUUUACCAAUCUCUAUGAAUUUAUGCGCGUCUAGUCCGUAAGUUUGUCAAGUAUUUACAUUAGCUCAAUAUCACUAGUCCUUGCAAAUUAUAUUAGCCAUUGAUAAAAUUCUAAUAUAACAAGUUCCUAAAAA